AUGAAUCGGCUGUUUAAGGAGGGACCCCGGAAGGAGCUCAGGAAGUGUGGCGUGUGCGAGUGGGAUGGGGGAACCUGUCCGACCGGCGAGGCUCUGAGGGGCUCGGGGUUCGGCCUGUCCAAGCCGCUUGGCUCCGGCGCCUCGGGCUCUGGCAUCCACCGCGUGCUCAGCAGUGUGCAAGGACACGUGAGCCUCAGCAGCGACGUCCUCCCGGGCUACUCCACAAGGCCAGACCCUGCCUGGGGCACCGCUGACAGGCCGGCGCCCCACUCCGCUCCCCCCGCGUACCUGCCCAGGGCCAUCGCCAGCUCGCAGGUGCCACUGUGCGCUGUUCAGGGCCGCAGCCUGAGUCCUGCCGCGGCUCUGACAGCUGCUGACCCUGGUGCAGACCUGAAAGCCUCCAGGCUGCAACGACUGCCUGAUUGUGGGCUUCAUUAUCAUCAGGAGGCAAGUGUACAGCGAACGUGA